AUGAACGAAGAGGACACGAAAAAACGUCUUCAUUUUCUUUGGGGCGCUUCUCAUACUUUACUGCCUACCGUCCCUGGUUUAUCAGCCUUUUAUAUGCAAAAAUUUAAUCAAUGUGCAGCUGAAGAAGAUUUAAAUCUUGCCGAUGGUGUCAAGCGAAAGUUUUGUGCACAUUGUGGAAACAUUUUCGUUCCUGGAAUGAACACUCAGAACGAUUUGAAACACACCAAUCACCGACAGCAUCAAGGUCAUAAAAAUGUUUUAUCUUAUGUUUGUACUUUGUGUAAAACUGAAGCAAGGUUCGCUGGUAGCAACGUUGUUAGGAAUAUUUUAUCCGUAGACAAUAUUAUCAAUACUAAUAAGCAAACUCAAGUUGCCAAAGUUACCAACAUAGCAUCUACAUCUUGCAAUAAAGGAUCAACGUCGAUUCAAAACCAAAAUUCUGUUGAUAGCAAUAAACCAAAGAAGAAAAAGCAGAAAACUCAGCUUCAGCAAUUAUUAGCUGAGGAAAAAAGAAAGAAAGAUGAAAGUAAAAGUUCUCAAUUAAGUGGAUUGAAUCUGGAAGAUUUUUUGUCAUCAUUGUAA